AAGACCAGACUGCUAUGAAUAACACUACUGGAGUUGUAGUAAAUUCACCAAGCGAAUCGGAGACGCUAAGAGCAAUGAAGAUGACAUUAUAUGCAACAAUUUUUAUUAUAGGUAUUAGUGGGAAUACAUUGGUUUGUCUGGUCGUUUGUCGACAGCAAAAACUUCGCACGUCAACAAAUUUCUACAUUAUGAACUUAGCCGUGGCAGAUUUAGCGGUAACUAUAGUCUGUAUACCUUUUGAUGUUGCUGUACAAGAAAACGGUUAUGUCUGGCCGUUUGGAAAGUUCCUUUGCCACAUUAUUUAUCCGAUUAUGACCAUGUGCACUUUCGCUUCUGUGGGAACACUCACAGCGAUCGCUUACAACCGAUAUACUGCCAUUUCACGCCCGAUGAGAAUGCAGGGAGGACGAAAAUGGGCAAAAGUUACCAUAGCUGCAAUUUGGACUCUCUCUCUAGUUUUCGUCUUGCCAUACAUUAUCGUAUUAACGACGAAAAAUUCUCACUGUGUUGAGAACUGGUCUACACUCCACAGUCGCUUGUACACGUGGUUUAUUUUCAUUUUUCAGUAUGUUAUUCCUUUAUCUAUAAUUUCUCUGGCUUAUGUGAAAAUCGCGCAGCAGUUACGGAUUAAUCGCAAUCAUCUGACACCGGUCCACCGGGUACAGGAGCGCGAUGUAUCCAAGGUGGUUCGCAUGCUGGUGGUGGUUGUUUUAAUUUUUGCUGUAUGUAUGCUUCCAAAUCAUAUUCUCUGGCUUCUUAGUGACUUCCAUAAGGAUUUUCCCGAAGCAGGGCGCAAAGUGUACGUAUGGGGAGAGAUUUUGAUAUACGCAAACAGCUGCACGAAUCCAAUCGUGUACAGUAUAUGUAUCGAGGAAUUUCGCGUUGCUUUUAAAGCCUAUAUCACGAAGUGCUGUCGAGUGACCGACGAAGACCUAAGGCCGGUAAGAAACAUUUUAGAGAGAAUUUCCAUGAGGGAAAAAAGUCAGGUUUCUCAAGCCGACAGAAUGCUGGCCAGGCAACUAAGUCGCAGGCUACGGGGUUCAUUUCAGCGAACUCAAUCGUUUGAAAGUCGGGCGAGCCUACCGAGAAUUUUCCGAUCGAGGACGAGUCGCUCGAACAUAUUGGGUGGAGAAUUGCCUCAACUUUUGGAUAGGAUGCUUCCCCCACUUUCCCCGUGUUCGCCAAACACAGACACAGGGCGAAACACUCCCAAUCCCGAAGCUAUUGGCAAUGUGUUAGCGGUGACUGCAGUUUGA